UGUUGUGAGCUGUUCAGUCGUGUCCGGUUAAGCGAAGAGAUCGCACCGUUUUUGUUCAGUUUUCCAGUUUUUUUUUUUAAGUUUUUGAUUUAAUUUGUUUAUCCAACAAACGGUCAGUAACAGAAACACGAUGACAUUGAAUUUAACGGCCUUUGCCGUGGUAUUUCUGUUGAUUGCUGUUCAAGCAUCUGAAAAUAAUCAUACCGGACUGUACACAAUCAUUGGUUCGCAGCAAAUCAGCCUUCAUCGACCAUAUCAUGUCAGCGUCACUCUCCAUAAUACGACCGAGCCUGCCAUCGUUCGACUAAAACUAAUUCACGAAUUCAAUGAAACGGAAAAGGAAAUCGUGAAACAAGUCACCGUGCAACCGUGGACCACGGAAUUGAUUGAAUUCGACACAAGUUCGCUGGAAUCGAAACCGAAUUCAUUUUAUCGAUUGAUUGCCGACGGUAUCGAUAAAAUUGAUUUCCACAAUGAAACGGACCUUACGCUGUCGGCGAAAUACUUUUCAUUUUUGAUACAAACCGACAAAGCGCUGUACAAACCCGGCGAUUUGGUUCGGUUCCGGGUCUUGGUCGUCGACAAGGACACGAAAGCUCACAACUUGGUCGGUGCACUUCAAGUAAAUGUCUAUGAUGGCGACGGUAACCGAAUAAAAUUGUUCGCAAAUCAAUCGACAGCCAACGGUGUGUACACGAACGAAUUCCAAUUAUCCGAUUCGCCAGUUAUGGGGAAUUGGAAGUUAACAUUUACCGCUGACAGUGAAGAAAAAUCGAAAUCGUUCGAGGUCGGCGAAUAUGUUUUGCCGACAUUUGAAGCAUUCAUCGAAUCGCCGGAACAUGUUCUGUAUGCAGACCAGGUGAUACGUGCAAAUGUGCGAGGUAAAUACACAUUCGGUAAACCUGUUCAUGGAACAGCUAAUUGUACGGGCAGUUGGAACGGAAAAGAAUCAAAUAAAUUGGUCAAAGUCACGACGAAAGGAUCACUGGAAAUUAACUUCGUCGAUGAGCUGCAAGUGGACUAUGCCAAUUCAAAUUACAUUCAAAUCAGUUGUACACUGGAGGAAGAAUUUACCGGACGCAAGCAGUCCACAUCGAUGGGAAUUCAAGUGCAUCGAUUCAAAUACAGCAUCACCAAGCAAUCCUAUCACUACGACUAUCUGGAUGGACGACCAUUCGAAUUCGAUGUUCAAUUUCAAUUGUACGACGGAACGCCGAUCCGAAACGAAUCGGUCGAGAUCUGGUGGACUACCGAUCUGAGUGCAAAAGAUGGCAUCGGAUCGAAAACGGUACAGACGAAUGGUGAAGGUGUGGCAAAUGUGAAGCUUACUUUCCCCGAGGGAAAGGUGACCGUUUAUUUGAUGGCGAAAUACAAGGAACAUGCCGAAGGAUUGGGACACUUUUCGUCAUCCAUUUAUCACGCGAGAGGGGCAGAUUCGAUUCCAGAAUUUGACAUAAGGACGAACGACACAAAUAUAUCCGUUGGUGAUACCGUUAAAAUUGAUCUGGUUUCGCGCACUCCCCUCAAACAUUUUACGUAUCAAGUUAUCGCUCGGGGAAACAUCAUCAUCUCGAAUUCACAAACUGUGCAGGCUGGAGCGAACGGAUUCCAUUUUACUGCAACAUUCGAUAUGGUGCCGAAUGUACAGGUGGUUGCCUACACGAUCCGUGAUGAUGGCAACGUUGAUACGGCCUCCCGACGAAUUUAUCUCCAGAAAAAACUUCAGAAUCAAAUAACGUUAGAGUCGGCCGUGAACGAGACGGAACCGGGCACUGAAUAUGAUCUCAAAAUUACCACCGCACCGAAUUCCUAUGUGGGCCUGUUGGCUGUCGAUCAAAGUGUUUUGUUACUGAGAUCGGGAAAUGAUCUAUCCGUUGACGAUGUCACCGAUGAUCUAGAUCAAUACAACAACGUGGUAUCGAAUCGACGACACAAUUAUCAUCGGCGUUAUUAUUGGUCGCAGACAAUUUCAACCAUCGAAAAUGCUGGAAUGUUCGUUCUCAGUAAUGUCAACGACUUUAUACCGAAACCCAUUGAGGAAGUUGAAUAUUACACAACAACGGCUGGCUAUCAUACUAAAAGAAUUAGUGUCGUCCUUCAUGAUGAACCUGCUCCUCAAUUUCUGGCACAAGCAAGUCCAAUAGCAAGUGGACAAUCGUCGGUAACAGUUCGCAAGGAUUUCCCAGAAACAUGGAUUUGGGAUGGCCUUCAGGUAGAUAGCGGAGAACAGCACUUUAAAAAACGUGUCCCAGAUACAAUUACUUCAUGGGUGAUAUCGGCCUUUUCCGUCAGCACCGUCAACGGUCUCGGCUUAACCAAAGAACCAACGAAAGUGACAACGUUCAAGUUGUUCUUUGUGUCGGUCAGUUUACCGUUUUCGGUAAAAAGAGGCGAAAUUCUGUCGAUUCCGGUGACAAUUUUCAACUAUUUGGACACAACGGUUAACGCUGACGUCACCUUUUUCAACGAUGACGGCGAAUUUGAAUUCGUCGACUUGAACGAUGAAGCCAACGAAAUUGUGAAUGCCGAUCAACGGCGACAGCGUAAAUUGUUGAUCAAAUCGAACGAUGCAAACGGUCUGUUCUUCUCAAUUCGUCCGCUCAAAGUGGGACAACUGACCAUCAAGGUAAUUGUGGAAAGUGCACUGGCAGGUGAUGGGAUUCAGAAAAUUUUACUUGUAACACCAGAAGGCGUUCCGCAAUACGUUAACAAAGCGCUUAUGUUGAAUCUACCGAAUGCUGAUGGCAGCACCGUCGACCACGAUUUCACAAUUGAUUUACCCGAGCAUACCGUGCCCGAUUCGGCAUUCAUUCAAAUUUCGCUCGUCGGCGACAUUCUCGGAUCGACCGUUAAGAAUUUGAACCGUUUGAUUUACAUGCCGAGUGGAUGCGGUGAACAGAAUAUGGCGAAAUUUGUGCCGAACAUUAUCGUGCGGAAUUAUCUGACUGCAAUCGGUCAAUUGAGCGAAGACUUAGAGGAAAAAACGCGCAGAAAUCUGGAAAUUGGCUAUCAACGUCAACUGUCUUUCCGUCAUUCAAAUGGUUCGUUCAGUGCGUUCGGGCAGCAAGAUCGUCGUGGUAGCACAUGGUUGACAGCAUUUGUAGCUCGCUCGUUCCAGCAAGCUUCCAAGCAUAUUAACAUCGAGCCCCGCAUCAUCAACGAGACACUAAACUUUUUGAACAAGACCCAGUCGGCAAAUGGCAGCUUCACAGAAUAUGGAGACGUAAUUCACCGACGGAUGCAAGGUGGAGCUGAUGGCAAUGUAGCGUUGACUGCUUACACAUUAAUUGCGUUCCUCGAAAAUCGUGAAGCUUUCCCAUCGUACGAAGACAAUAUCAAACGGGCCACGGGCUUUAUCGUCCAGCAUUUGGAUAUUUUGGACGACGUUUAUUCACUCAGUUUGGUUGCCUAUGCGUUGCAAUUGGCCAAGGACUCGAAUAAAGAUAAAAUUUUGCGAGACUUGAAUGCGAAAGUAAUUACCGAAUCAGAGCGCAGACAUUGGAGUACAAGAAAACCGUCUGCAGAUUACUAUCCAAGUUCGAUCGACACAGAAAUCACAGGCUACGCAAUGCUGGCAAAUUUCCAUGCUGAUCGUACAGAUGACGUGGUUCCAAUAUUGAAAUGGCUCCUGUCCCAACGAAAUGAACGUGGCGGCUUUGUGUCUACACAAGAUACGAUUGUUGGUCUACAAGCAAUCACCACUAUCGCUACAAAAGUAACUGGUUCGGCAGCCGGCAAUGCUAUCGGAAUAGAUAUAUCGUCAGAUGGUAACAGUAACCAGUCGUUCGAAGUAAAUUCUGGAAACGCACAAAUUCUACAACAAAUUCAAAUGCCAAGCCAAGCACGUAAGAUCAAUGUCAAGGCACGUGGUACCGGUUUCACAUUGGCAUCCCUAUCGUACAAAUACUAUAUCAACGAAACAGCUGCGGCACCACGAUUCACAAUCGAAACGACCGUAAAACCAACCGAGUAUCCUAGUUUCUUAGAAUUCGAUGUGUGUGUUGCCUUCAUACCCAAAAGGGCUGAUGGUGCUGCGAAUGACGAAUCAACCGAAUCGAAUAUGGCCGUAAUGGAAAUCGACUUGCCGAGUGGUUAUCAAUUCGACGCGGAUCAACGUCAAGCCUUGCAGUGGACGCAAUCGGUGAAAAAAGUUGAAACGAGAAAUGACGACACUCAAAUCGUUUUGUAUUUUGAACGUUUGACGACCGUUAAAAUUUGUCCGCAAGUGAAGGCCAUACGAACGCAUAAAGUUGCCCAUCAGAAACCAGCCGCAAUUGUUGUCUACGACUAUUAUGAUACGACACGCAAGUCACGAGUUUUCUACAACACUGACGAGAAAUCACUUUGUGAUAUUUGCGAAACCGACUGUCCUGCCAGGUGCAACGUCUGAAGCUUUAUUUAAUUAAUUAUUUCAUCGAUAAAUUGUCAUAUCGGCCUGUGUGCUGCGAUACAUGAAUACAAAUUGUGAUAUUCCUUUCGAAUGAGCAAA